AUGGGUGAUGUGCAGAAGGGGCUGCUCUCUGUCAUCCAGAGGCUGAAGGGCUCCCCGGAGCAGGAGCUCCGCAUUGUCCUGCUGGGGCUGGACAACGCCGGGAAGACCACGCUGCUGAAAUGCCUGGCGUCCGAGGAGGUCAGCACCAUCACACCCACCCAGGGCUUCAACAUAAAGAGCGUCCACUCGCACGGCUUCAAGCUGAAUGUCUGGGAUAUCGGGGGGCAGCGCUCCAUCCGCCCGUACUGGAAGAAGUAUCUGGGCAGCACUGACCUGCUGAUUUAUGUCAUUGACAGUGCAGACCAGAAGCGCUUCGAGGAGACAGGGCAGGAGCUGGCAGAGCUCACCGAGGAGGAAUCCCUCGCAGGGGUCCCGCUGCUGGUGUUUGCCAACAAGCAGGACCUAGUGACUGCAGCACCUGCAGCCGAAAUCGCAGAAGGGCUGAGCCUCCACACCUACCGGGACCGGGAAUGGCAGAUCCAGGCCUGCUCAGCCUUGUCUGGGGAAGGAGUGCAGGAUGGGAUGAACUGGAUUUCCAGCCAGAUCAUGAAUAGGAAGAAGUGA